UCCGCGCCGGGUUUGGCUUCCGGAGGCGUCGCUCGCUGACUGCGUAGUGAUGGAGCUGCCGACGGGUGUUUCCAAACAGGACAUUCGUCAACAGAUUUGGGACUACAUGGAAUCACAAAAUUUAGCUGAUUUUCCCCGGCCUGUUCAUCACAGGAUUCCCAACUUCAAGGGUGCUUCCUGUGCUGCUGAGCACUUCCCACGCUUGCAGGCGUUCAAAAUGGCCAGAACCAUUAAAGUCAAUCCUGAUGCUCAGAAAAAUGCUCGUUUCUUCGUCCUCGACAGCAAAAAAACAUUGUUGGUCCCAACACCACGACUGAGAACAGGGUUAUUCAAUAAGAUCACUCCACCUCCUGGGGCAACUAAAGACAUCCUGAGAAAAUGUGCCACCUCCCAGGGUGUGAGGAACUACAGUACUCCUGUGGGCUUGGAUUCCAAGGUCCUUGUGGACUUAGUUGUGGUGGGGUCCGUUGCUGUCUCUGAAAAAGGCUGGAGAAUUGGGAAGGGAGAAGGUUAUGCUGAUCUGGAAUAUGCCAUGAUGGUGUCGAUGGGAGCAGUCAGCCAGGGGACGCCUGUGGUCACCAUCGUCCACGACUGCCAGGUCAUCGACAUACCUGAAACGCUGCUUGAAGACCAUGACCUAACAGUGGACUACAUUCUCACUCCGACAAGAGUCAUUGCCACAGGGUGUGAACGCCCAAAGCCAGCAGGAAUCUUGUGGUCCAAGAUCAGUUGUGAGAUGAUGAGGAAAAUCCCAAUACUCAGAAGCCUUCGUGACCGAGAGAGGCGGGCUGGGAAAGAUGUCACCCUUCAGGAUGAGCCCCAGCACCCUUGGAACCAGCAGCCAGUACCGCUGAGUGCUGUCAGAAGACCUCCAAACCCACACCAGCCGGAAUCCUGUUCCGUGCAGGGGGAGGAGGAUAGGCCUUCUAACACUGUUUACAUUGGGAACCUUCCCUGGGAUGCCCAAGUGAGUGAGCUGAAGAGAGCCCUCUGAGAACUGGUUCCAGUCCCCCAGAGGCUCACGUGGCAGGGGCCACAGCUCAGGGCCUUCCUCCUCCAUCAGGUGCCCAUCUCAACCCAGCAGGUUCUCCCCUGCUUGCAGGGCUUGCACCUGGGUGGUGCCACCUUGAGGAUGGCAGACAGCAGAGGGCCAGUGACCUGACAGGCAGCCACACAGAGGAGCCACACCCUGACCGUCGUUCUGCUGUCUCUGACCUGUGACUAUGUUCUGCUCUGGUCCCCGUGGAACUUAAGGGGCCUUACAGCAGGACUUGGCGGAGUGUUGCUGUGUGAGCUCCUUUGGGCCCAGUCCCUGCCAGGAUGUCUCAGCCUUCUCUUCUGCCUGGGACGGGCUGAUGAGUAGGAAAGUAGCCAGUAGUGUACCACCAGAAUGUCCAGGCCCUGCUCUGUCUGGGCCCUUCAGCCUGCUUGCUGGGUGUUAGAGCUAUUCUGGUUUCUGUGUGGUGAUAGUUCAGGGGCUGCAGGGGACCGAAUGGGCAAUGAACAAGUGAGUAAAUGGCGACAGUGGUUAGGAGUGCCUGUGCUCUGGAUUUGGAGGAGGGGGUAUUAAAGGAGGAGGCCCUAGUAGAGCGCCCUGCUAUUCUUGGAUCCUUGUCCUGUUAUGACUGCAGGGGGAGAGCUGUAAUCAAAUCACAGAAGCCAAGAAGUAUGGACCCCUGAGUGUAAACUGCUUGUCACAGCUCAAUGCUAGUGUCAUUACUAUGCCCUCCUUGCCUUCCCAUCCUCCCUCCAUCUCUGGGUGAAUACCCUGUGCUCUGCACUACCUUGGAGGUACUGGUCAUGGAGAAAGCUGUCCCAAUUUACAUCACAGAUAGUGACAGAGACACUCACACUGAUUUGCCUAAUGCCUGAUGUUUCUUGGGGUUUUUUCCCUCUGGUUCUUUGUUCCUAAAAAACAAAACUGGAUUUUGGCUAAACUAUUUUUUUCUAAUCCGAAGUGCUUUUGCAGUUGAUCCUGGGCAGAAAGUCAAAGUAAGCGUUUGAGUUAGAGAUUCUAUUUUUUUUUUUAAUGUAUAUGUGUUUGAAAUUUUAAUUUUCUCAUCAGAGGGUCUUACUGAGCAUGUUUUAAGCAUAUAGUCCUACCUCAAGAGGGUAUACCUUGCAUAUGCUUUCAAGAAAACUUUGAGGCACUGUCACCCUUUGUAAAAGCGUUUUCUCUUUGGUUUUACAAUGAAAAUACCGUAGAGGUGUCAGAAAGUAAGUCUGCCCUUAGGUUGCUCAUUAAGCGUAGACUCCUUUCCCUAGACAUCGUGAAUAAAAUGAAGAGCAGAAAUAUCUGAA